GAGUCCGGCUGUGUUUGAUUGCUCUGUCGAUGCUGUCGAACGUAGAUUCCCCUCCCUGCUCCAUUGCUCGACGUGCGGCAGCGCAGUCUGGCCAGGGAGGAAGAGGUGGAUGAUUGGGGCUGUGUGUGUUUUCGUCUAUACUGACAGAACACAGUAAGUGGAGGGAUGUUUGUCCUCAGCUGAAAAGAGACCCCCAAUAAUUUAUAUAAACAAAGCUUCACCAUGAAUCUUUUACCUUCCAACCCUCAUGGUAAUGGUCUGUUGUACGCUGGCUUUAACCAGGACAAUGGGUGUUUUGCGUGUGGAAUGGAAAACGGCUUCCGCGUUUACAACUCCGAUCCCCUGAAAGAAAAAGAAAAACAAGAGUUCCUGGAGGGCGGUGUUGGUCAUGUUGAAAUGUUGUUCCGAUGUAACUAUUUAGCACUAGUUGGAGGUGGAAAAAAGCCAAAGUACCCCCCUAAUAAAGUGAUGAUAUGGGACGAUUUGAAAAAGAAGACGGUCAUUGAAAUCGAAUUUUCCACAGAAGUCAAAGCAGUGAAGCUACGGCGAGAUCGGAUUGUGGUGGUUCUAGACUCCAUGAUAAAAGUCUUCACCUUUACCCACAACCCCCAUCAGCUGCAUGUAUUUGAGACCUGCUACAACCCCAAAGGUCUUUGCGUAUUAUGUCCGAACAGCAACAACUCCCUGCUGGCAUUCCCUGGCUCUCACACAGGACGUGUGCAGAUAGUGGACUUGGCCAACACAGAGAAGCCUCCUGUGGAUAUCCCUGCACACGAAGGAGCCUUGAGCUGCAUAGCCCUCAACUUACAAGGGACACGGAUCGCCACUGCUUCAGAGAAAGGGACACUAAUAAGGAUAUUUGACACUACAUCUGGGCACCUAAUUCAGGAGCUGAGGAGAGGAUCACAGGCAGCAAGCAUUUACUGCAUAAAUUUUAAUCAGGAUGCGUCCCUAAUUUGUGUAUCGAGCGAUCAUGGCACGGUACAUAUCUUUGCAGCAGAGGACCCAAAAAGAAACAAACAGUCAAGUUUGGCAUCCGCAAGCUUCCUUCCAAAAUAUUUCAGCUCCAAAUGGAGCUUCUCCAAGUUUCAGGUUCCCUCAGGCUCUCCCUGCGUCUGUGCCUUUGGCACAGAACAGAAUGCAGUAAUAGCUAUCUGUGCAGAUGGCAGCUACUACAAAUUCUUAUUCAACCAAAAAGGAGAAUGCUCAAGGGAUGUGUAUGCCCAGUUUUUGGAAAUGACAGAUGAAAAGAUUUGACUGAAACAGAAAUGCUGAGGGCUUACCUGCUACCUUCAAGAGGACUUAUGAUAAAUCCUUUUAUUGAUUUCAAUUGUACGCUCACAGGAAUAGAAUGGACAUCAAUGGAAGUAUGGCUAAGCACUACAGGAACACCAUACAGAGGACUGAACAGUGUCAUGUGAUUUUGAAGAAACAAUUGUUUUUGCAGAGAAAUAUUAAACAUAUUACUUUUUUGACUGGCACCGGUGGACGUGAACUUUUAAAACAAAACUGCUUGUGUCUUUUUCAGUUUCACAGUCAAAUGUGCCGAGGGGGCAUAUCUUUUCAAAGGACAGGUGCUUUUUUAUUGCAAAUGGAAAAAGGAAGCUCAAUGCUGUUUUUUUUUGUUUUUGUUGGGUACCUUUGCUGUUCAUACUAAAUGAGGUAGCCUGUGGAUUUUGCUAUAUUUUUUAAAAAAUAGUUAUGAUUCUGCAAGAUCUGUAGAACAUGACCCUUUAUAUCAACUAACACCACCUAAUUUAGCACAGGAAUGUCUUCAGGUUGAUUUAAGGAGGAGAUCUAUAUCUAUAGAUAUAGAAAGGCACUAGACACAUUUCUCUCAUUGUAUAAAACCAUCCAACUGAACUUGGUGUGUAUGUGUAGAGGGUAAUUCUUUGCUGGUAAGUAAGUGGUUUUCCAUUUCAUACUGCCAUUGGUUAUUCAUAUGUGCAGGUCUGUUUUCCUUUACACUAAAUUAAGUUUGCCAUUAAGGUGAAGACUUCCACAAAUCUGAAGUGUGCUAACCAUUAAUAGAUGUAUUUCACUUGCUUAGAAGUGCCAAAUCAAGCAAGUAAGCGAAAAGUGUUAGCACCUUUUACUAAUGGAAAACAAAGCUUUGACUCUUCAAGAGCUUUUGCUUUAAUAGCCUUAGAUUAAGACCUGGAAGGAGUUUAGAAGUAGUAUAUAGUCAGUUAGUGGUUAUCAGGGUACCAUAAAUAGAAACAUAUUGUAUAAGUUAAUGAAAAUGUACAUACUGUUUUGAUGUAAAUUGAAACAUCAGAAAUGUUCAAUGCUGCGAUUUGGCUGUUCUACCAAAUGUUUUCAAGCACAGACUAGCAGGAGAAUUCUGUUUUCUGUUGGAUACACAAGGUGAAUUUUAAAAGCAUUAAUAUACCCUUUCUGUUAAUCUAAAAUGUUUACACUCCCUACCAGUUUCAUAGAUUACAAGGAGAAUGAACUGGAAUGUAUGCUGUUUUGAGAAGGGAUUAAUUUAUGCACAAUAUUAUGUCAUGCCUGUAACCCAAUUUGAGGACCAGUGUCCAAUUUUAAAGGUUCAUACGAUAAGAAAAGCAGAGCAGUGUAUAUCAAAAUCACAAGCAAUUAAAUUAAAAAUUCUUUCGAAGUGUG